AUGCUCGGAUCUGCUUUGCGGCUGAUUAAACGCGCGAAAACAAUUGUCUAUCUCCUGGCAACGAAAGUGGCAAACACGGCGCGCACGCCGACCAGCAGCGACGACGCGAGGAUAACACUCAAUGAGUGCAAACUUGCAGCCUUUCGCGAGAUCGAUCGGCGAAGGGUGGGCGAGAGUUCGGUGGAGAAGCAGAAGUCGUUGCUGGAGACCAUUGCAUCGCAUCCGAUGUGCAGCUUUUACUACCCGGAAGAUUACGACUCAGAUUUCGACAACUGGUUUGGCGAGGACUCUGAUGAAGAUCCACCGAUGGAUGAGGAUUAG